UACUCUGAUCAUCUUGUAAGUGCGCCCUUUUAUGAUUGGCUAAAAUGAUCAAUUAGGCUAUGAUUCCCUUAGCCUAUUUGAUAACAGUUUUUCACGAGAAGGUCUCAUAGGCUAUGUCUAACAUAUUAAUAUUAAUGUCAAGCAUGGGCGAAACACAUCUACUGUUUUGUUUAGUCUCUAGGAUAAUCACAGUCUAAUUAACAAUUUAUAAUGGAGAAAAGAUCAAGGCGUCUCAAAGUUCAACGACUUACUGUACAUUAUUAAACUUGCAUACAGGGCGUAAUAAACUCGAAAAGCCUACCUAACAACCGAUGCACAUUUUUUUCAGUUUGAGCAACAAUGAAGACCAUAGGCAAUUUAUUUAUGACAAACCUAAAAGCGUUCUGUCACCAACUUGACCGACUGGUCCAACGUGUUCUUCCGCAACGAAUGCAGACUCCAUAGCCUAACCUAGCCUACUCCACACGGUGGUGUGUGUGAGAACCCAUGCCAGUAUCGCAGCAUACCAAAAUGGAUCAUACGAACACUGAACAUAUAGUUCACAUGCAUGACUAGGUAACUGAUGAGAGUAUGCGUUUGACAUUUUCCGUAUAGUAGGCUACAUGUCUGUACCUCAAAAUAUGUGAUUAAUUUGGAUGUUGUUAUGACUAGACUUAGGAGCACACAAAACACAGCCAAUAUUGUUGUCCUUAAAUUGACGUUUGAUUUUAAAAUUAGGCCUACACGCCACUUCAACACCUUAUAUUAACAAUAUUUUACUGUGGGCAGAAAACUGGAUCACAUUAGGACAUUAAAUGAUACUUUAUAUACUUCCAUUAUAUCCUUGAAAUCCAUUAUAAACUUUUUAUUUAUUAUUUUUGAUUUCUCCUACCCAUGUCCUUGAUUGCCUAGCCUUUCUGCAUGUGACAAUAAACUUCCUUGUAUCCUUGUAUCCUUGAUACAAUUGUGAUGUCGAUGAAAUAGGCGAACUGUUUGAACUUUAGCAUCAAAAUGUCCACAUUCAAUGUGAACAUCAUAAUUACUGAUAUAGUUAUAGAACUUAACCACUAAAGUUUGCCUCCAGUUUGUCCACUCCAACACAUUUUCUAUAAAUAUUCUAUAAAAGGUAGGCCUAAAUUAUAUAUGUUUAACCAGUAUAGUUAAAUGAGGUUAACCCAGAGAACAAUAACAAAUAUAUUGAAUGCAGAUAUUUGAUCUUAUGGCAAAAAAAUAAAUUUCUUUCAGAUGUCCACUCCAACACACAUUUCAUAUUAGGCUACAUACAGUAUCGAAAAUUGUCAGUGAUCAUGCAUUUGCCAUAAUGAAAUGUUGAAAUGAAAUAUUUUUUUAUCCUUCAACAGAUGAAGACUAAACAACUACAAAAAACAUAAAUAAUGAUAUUUCAAGAAGGUUUAUGUCUUUCUUCUUCUCACCAGAGCAGACAAAGAUUAACAUUUCUUUCAGAAUUGUGAUAGAGGCUAGGUUUCGAGUGACUUCUUCUGAUAGGGCCAUUGCCAUGCAAACUAUGGCCUGUAAACUAUAAACUAGUCCGUAGACUGGAAAAGGAUGGCCAACUUUAAGGGGCAUGCACUGCCAGGGAGCUUCUUUCUGCUGUUUGGGCUGUGGUGGUCCGUGAAGGCGCCUUGGAUACGGUGCUGCCGGCAACGCUUCAUCACAGGAAGGAAGAAACCACCUUCUGUCUCCCGGAAAAUCGAUUUGAUUGAGGGAUCGUUGAAAGUUUUUUUUGCCUUUGUUGGCAUUAUGGCAGAACAGUUUGUCCCAGAUGGGCCGCACGCCCACUUGUACAAUGGUGGCUGGGUCAAACUGAUGAACUGGCAGCACAGCACCAUGUAUCUCUUCUACGGCCUCUCUGGCGCAGCCGACAUCCUCUGUGCCACCUCACGCUUCGCCCCUCAGGGCCUCGACCGCAUGGCGCUCGCUCUCGCUCUGUUUGUGGAAGGAUUUCUGUUUUACUACCACCUGCACAAUCGUCCUAUGCUGGACACGCACGUGCACUCUCUCCUGCUGGUGGCAGUGUUUGGUGGCGCCGCCAGUACGGCUUUGGAAGUCUUCCUCAGGGAGAAUGCUGUACUAGAGAUCCUUAGAUGCAGCCUGGCCAUCCUUCAAGGCUCCUGGUUCUACCAGAUUGGCUUUGUGCUGUACCCACUUAGUGGACCGGAGUGGGACCAGACCGACCACAACAACAUGAUGUUCAUAACCAUGUGCUUCUGCUGGCACUAUGCUGUAGCGCUGCUCAUCACUGGUGUGAACUAUGCAGUUGUCUGGAGGGUUGUGGGGAGCUGUGUCAACAAGCCAACGUCUAAUAUGGAGAUGGGACUCAGAAAAAACACUGUGGAUAGCUCACAGAAGUCUUUACUUCAGGAAUCGGAUGAGGAGUGAAGAAUGAAAAUGCAAUUUGCAAGUUGAUGUUUCUGACUAAAUCAUAAAGAUUAGAAUUCAAUUGUAGAAUUGAGUAGAAUGGUGUGGCCUUUGGGAUUUGACCACAUUACUUUAACUUUUACCUUAACAUAAAGUUUUGUCAUUCUGCCAUUGUUUUAGUGGUCCUCUAUAAGCAAUUACAAACCUAGCACUGUGUCCAUCUUGAAUUUGCACAUCAUUCAUGCACUGUGUCCACUCUGUUCUGAGUAUAUUGGUCUUUAUUCAUAAAGACAAAUCAUGUACAUAAUUGUGAUGUCAUUAAAGCCCUGUUUUUAAACUGA